AUGCAUGGUGGUUUGUGCGUCCUCGGUUCUCUCCUCACCUCUCCCUUCCCUGGUGCGGGAGGUCUUCGAAAUAAAGGGUUUGCUGAGCCAUACUGUACCAUUCUGGUUACCCUAAUUUUCAUUUAUCUACCCGUAUUCGUUCUACGGGAUGUCCGCAAGAACGCAAUGUGUCCGAAUCCAAACAACCGGGACGGCAAUGCUCUAUUAAGAGCACAGAAUAUCAUCAACCUUUUGACAUCCGUCGUGACUUGGCUACUUGGCCUCUCCACUUUCCUCAUAUGUUUCCAAUGUACUCUGACUAAAGCCGAUCCUCAUGUUUUCCGAAUCCGGACAACCGAUCCUUCUUCUGUCCUAGAUUUACAAUUUCUAAGGCAGGAUGACAGCACCGAUCUCGUAGCGACCCUAUAUUAUAACACCCCUUCAGAAAUGCCGUGGCAAUUCAACAUGACUGCAGACUCUGUUCAAAAUCCUGGGUAUGAAUUCAUGAAUUCCACAGCUGAACUAAUCCUGUUUGGCCGCAAGUUCUACCAAUGGGACCCUGAGCCAGCACGACUCUCCUUAAUUGUAGAACCAAAGGAAGUUGCCAAGCGAGGAUACCCUGGAACCCCUUGGCCUAGUGUCUACAUAACAGCGAGAUGGUCCUUCAAUAUUUCCGAAGGGAACGAUGGUGUAAUGCUGUUAGAGCACGGAUAUGAUCAUGGAGGGUGGUGGACUCAGCCAGAUGACUUAGAUGGACGGAAAUGGAGGGUUUAUUGGUGGAAUGGUCAGUCAGAACUGAGGACGGCUAACCCGGAAGUUGAUGCAACACGAAACGUCCAGCUUCGGGGGAUAGAGAUCUGCCAGCACACAUUGAACUUCGCUUGA